UUCGCGGUCCAUUGUCGGACGCCUUGAGGCAACAUGAAUGUGAGAAAGAGUUUGGACGUGAGGCUGAUCGCCUUGUGCACCACCUGCCUGCUGCUGCCCGCCAUAGCCUGCCCCUCCCAAUGCAUCUGCAAGUGGAAGAACGGCAAGCGAUACGUCGAGUGCUCAGAGAAAGACCUCAAAACAAUCCCCAAUACCCUCGACCCAGAAACACAAGUACUAGACUUCACAGGGAACGAUCUACAAGUUCUACAAAAAGAAACUUUCCACAAAUUAAACUUGCUCAAUCUUCAGAAAAUCUACCUACAAAGAUGUAGAUUACAGAAAAUCGAUAACCACGCGUUCAAAGGUCUCGCGAACCUCGUCGAGUUGGAUCUCUCCAACAAUUACUUGACAGUCAUACCGUCGACCAACUUUGUUUUCUUCCCGUCGCUAAUGAGGCUCUCGCUCAACAACAACCCAAUAACGAGCAUAAAAACUCACUGCUUUCAACAUUUAUCGUACUUGAAUACUUUGGAGCUGAGCGAUUGCAAAAUAGAAACAAUAGAGCGAGAAGCUUUUUCCGGCCUCAACCACCUGGAGUGGCUGCGACUGAACGGCAACCGGCUAUCAAAUAUUCAAGGUGAAAAUUUAUUCCCCGAUACGCUGCGAGGGAUCAACUUGCAAAAUAAUAAUUGGAAUUGCGAUUGCCAUCUCAGGGAUUUACAUAGUUGGUUGUUGAAUUUCAAUAUGCCGCACGCCGUCGAACCAAUUUGCUCCCUCCCUGAACGUUUGAGGAAACGGACGAUCACGAGCGUCGCAGAAAACGAGUUGGCGUGCUUACCGAAAAUGAGCCCUACGUCCGUGUUCUUAGAGACGAACACGGGCAACAACAUAACCCUCGAGUGCUUAGUGAAAGCGAUACCCGAAGCGAAAAUAACCUGGUUAUAUCAGGGCCAGAUCAUUCAUAAUUAUUCGAGCAUGUUACCGGACGCACGCGACCUGUAUUACGUGGAGAACGGCGUUACGGAUAAAAAGAGCGAAUUGUACAUAUUCAAUAUCGGGAACGACGACAAUGGAACGUACUCAUGCAUCGCCGAGAACCCCGCAGGCAGGUCUCGAGCCAACUACACAAUACGAAUUCUAGUGAAAGAGGAGCCCGUCGUUAUAGUGGUCACGUUCCCACAGAGACACUUGGUAGUCAUAGUCACCGUAGUCUUUCUUAUUAUCGUCUUACUCAUAGCUAUAAUAGCAGUAGUAUUAUUGAAAUUUAAAACAGACACGCGAAGUCGCAAGAAAAAGGAAAGCGGCAAGGACGUGGCGUUAUGUAAUCAAAUUUUGCCUUCGAACAGGGGGAAUGGGAUGCCUAAAAAUAAUGGUAGUGUGAUUGUUAACGCGCACUCUCAUCACGCGCUGCACUACACAGUACAAACAAACCGUGAUUACGAGUCGAGCGACGUGUAUCAAAGCAAUAACAUGAAAGGCUUUGUCGACAGGAACCCCGACCUAAUUAGCGACGCGGAAACUGUAGCUAACAAUGCGCAAAACGAGAACACAGUGUUAUCAGUAUACAAAGCUCAAACCGCGAGCGGCGACGGUUUCCAAGAGGAAACCGCAUUCACCGCGCCGACAAUACCCCGCCAGGUCACGUGGCAGGAUCAACAGACCAUCAACAUGCCGCAGAACACAAUCAACAACAUGUACCAGCACUCGGCGGACGUCCACCUCAAUCCGGGGUGCUUUUUAGAUAACGAAGGCUAUCCGUACGACUACGGUCUGCCGAAACAUCCCUGUCGGCCGCCAAUUAUGUCCAACUAUUCUGUAGUCGGUCCGUUUUAUCAGACACUACCGCACAAUCGGCCAAAGGGUCAGAAGCUUGUUUGUAAAUUCGCAAAAGACACGGAGUUUAACGCCCCCACGCCGCCCACUUGUCCUAAUUUUGAGAUGCCUUUUGGGCCGGGCAACGUGCGGCGUACUUUGGAGGGGUACCCCGUGCCGCGGAACAGGCAGAUCGCGUUUGUGGGUAACGGGACGGUGUAUUAUAAUGAGGAGUUCGUGCCGUCGCCGCCGGAGGGCUACAAGACGGAGCCGGUGCAGUGCUGCGCGCCCGCGGAGGCGUGCAGUUCGUGGGUGAACCCGAAGGGUACGUGUGCAGUGAUGGUGCCGAUGAGUGUGGCGGAGGGCCCGGGCCGGUGCUACCAGGUGGAGACCCGGUGCGUCGACACUCAGACCACGGACGCUCGGCUGCCCGGCGAGGGCACGGAGUCAGUGCUCAAGCCUUUACCGCAAGUGUCUAACGCGAAGUGCGCCGCUGACAUAUGUUCGGAGAGCCCCGACGAGGGCUACGUCGGUGACGCUAACGACAUCUGACGACGACGCCAGGUCGAUAGCGCUUAAACAGGGCAAUUUAGACGCUAACAAAGUGAUAAAGCGACUGAGUAUAAAGUAGUUUUGUAAAUAUAUGAGCUCGCGGCGACGGCGAAUGGAGGCGGAAUUCCAUUACUUAGCGAACGAUCCUGUUUCAUCCCUGUUUUGCAAUUUUAUAUAUUUUAUAGUGUAAGUCCGUUUGAUACCGCCUUUGUUCCGCUGUCGUCGAUAACGGUUAGCCAAAUAUCAUUUUCAAAGUUACGUUUUAUUAGGGUUACCUUUGUUUAGUUCUAGAUUUUUUAUUAAAGUAAAUAGUAAAAGUUUUAAUCAAAUCGUUUAUUUAUAGUAAAAUUAUUUCGUUUGUCAAUUAAGAUUUUGUAAGUAGACAUUCCAUUGUUGUCAUAUUUUAGCAGAUAUUCUUAACGAAAUUGUUAAUAGCAUUUUUUAUCAAUGAUUGCAUUGUUUUUUUUUUUUUCAUGUUUACAUUGCAAUAACGUCGAAUUUAUACCACAACACCAGUAAUAUAAAUGUUACUAAAUAGUUAUGUUAUUUUUGGUCCUGUUAAUCUUACUCUUAAAUAUUUUCACAGCGUAAAAUAUUUCAAAUAAUAAAUAAUUUAAGUGACCUCUCUAGAUCGAUGUUAAUAAACAUAAAAAUUAAUUUGAAAUCCAUUAAGUCAAUUUUAUUUUUGCUUAACAGCUAAGGCUGUGCGCAAAUGAUCAUGAAUUUACUGAUAAAAUUACUUCAAUACCAGUUUCCACGAAACUGCUUAUUGAAAAAUUUUCAUUUUAAAUAUUAAAAUGAACUGUUUCUAGCCGUUACUACAAAGAUAAAAUAAUAAACUCAUUUUAUUGAAAGUAUUUGGCAAUGCGCGAUUGAUUUUGUCUUCAAAAUAAAAUUGCUUACAGUAAGCACAGGCUUAGUAACAAAAUUGAACAUUGUUUGUCACUGAGUUCAUAAAAGUCCAAUAAAAUUGUCACAAAAAUAAAUAACAGAAUCACUACAAGUCAAAACAAAACAGUUUUCGACAUUAUUUUGUUUGUCAGUAGUAACAAAAAUAAUUUUGUAACAUUUAUGAAAAAUUAUUGUAAAAGUUAAAAACUGAAAUUACAGUCAAGAUAAAUGGGGAAUCUACUGAUCUUACAUAACUCAAUAUUUUUAAUAAUAAGUGUGUAAAUACUGUGUAAAUAUUAGUUAACUUACUUUCUGUAAUGGAUUAAGUAGCUGAUGUUAAGUAUUAAAUUGAUAUCAGGGUAUCCCCUAAGAAUAGAUUGUGGUGUUUCGAUGACGUUUGUUUCAAACGUUUUACAAUAUAUUUUAUUUGUAUUUAUUUUCUUCAAUUAGUUUUGUAUUUGAUACAUAUUUUGUUAGCGUUGUGUAGAAUAUUAACUAGUGUUCAGAAUAAAAAAAAAACAUUUACAUUGAGCAACUACCUGACUCCUUUUUCGCAUGAACGAUGGAUUACUAUCUGGUCAGUCUAAAAUAUACAAAUAAAACCCAGUUGCUUAAUGUCUCCUUAUCUAAUAUAUAUUUUAAUAUUGUCUAUCUAUUUGUUUGUCAAGCUUGCAUGCCAUUUAAAUUUGGUAUAGCCUUUUUAUAUGCUGGUGAUGAAAGAAGAUCCCUCGGGCAUUUCAGUUAAUGAGAAUAAAUGGCUUAUCCAAAAACAUCGGAUAAUAAUGAAGUCAGGUGUAAAAUCAUUACCGACAAUGUUUGCAAAGCUUUACCGAUUAAAUCUGUUGCCGCUUAACGUGUUAAAGGAACCAAUCCCGAUAAGUACUUAUGUAAUAUCGGUAAUACUUGUAUGGCGUAGUUAAAUGGUAGGUUCAAGUAAAAAAUUCAGUUUCAUAGUUGAAACAUUGAGUUUGUAAAUUAUAGUGAAACUGUUCGAUUAAUUAAAUCAAGGAAGGCUGCGAAGCUUGCAAACGAGGCUUACGAAGAAAUUUGCGAUGAGAUAUCCUCUCAAAGAAGUGACGUGAAUAUCACUGAAAACGUUUAUGUCCAUUUUUUAUGAUAAACCAUUGAUACAUGUACACACCAUAUUAAAUCAUUUUUCAUAACCUCAAAUAUGUGUACAAUGUUAUGUGUGGUCGCCACAAAAAGUUCGGACACACUACAUAAUAGCAUAUACAUUAACCCUUUUCCGCAUUCUGAUAAAAAUACACAAAGAAUAACAUCGAAAACUGGACGCCAAUCGAUAAAGGAAACCGGAUACCGAACAAAGGACCAGUCUUUGUGGUCCACCGGUUCGCACAACCCUCCCCAGAAAUUAACUAUAUUUACGACACCAUUAACUUGUUCCCAUAACCUUGAGUAAUUAUACCAGGUUUUGGAUGUUAGCCAAACUCAUUAAUAAUAACUUCUAACUAUUAAAGAGACACUCCAACUUAAUUUAUUAAUUAAUUAAUAGAGUAACAACCUUAAUUACUAACUACAUAAGUUUGAUAUUUAUUUGGGUUGUAAUCUGAAUGUCUGGGAGUAUAUCAAAGGGACAUGAUAGGGAAAUACGGCUUUGCAAAAAGACGUAAUCUAAGAACAUUCAAAGCCUUUGAACAUCAUCAAUGAUUAACUUAAGCCAUACCUACACAAUAUUGAUCUCGAGUCACAGCUUAUUAGUUUCAAAAGAACUCAGAAACACCUAGUAGGAUUUAGAAAAUCCAUUCCGAGCAAAAAGGAUUUAAAAUCCAGCAUUAAACGGAUUAAACAAGGGAAAAUUCGGCGUGGAAAUUGUGACAGGUGAAUGAAAAAUUAAGUUAGAAAAGUUACAUCAGGAUAAAUGGGGGACAGCUCUGUCUAAUGGCCAAUGAUUAUUGUAACUGGGGCUUUGGCCCGAAGUUUUGGCAGAUAACUGGGACUCUAUUACUCAAUGUCGGAUCUCGUUAUGUGAUGCUGAAGACUAGGACGUAAUUGUUGUCUCUGAUGGUGGUGGAGGUGAUCAACAUUGAUUCGACUUUUAUGUUAAAGAGUGGGGUUACGUUUUUAUUAUUCAAUAAAGAGAUUAGUUGUAAUUUGAG